AUGCUCAGCAUCACUGAUAUGAUAUCAAACUAUAUCCAAAUGUGGUACCGCUUAAAGGCUAUUGCAGAUUUGUUAGAAGAUUAUUAUUUCCAUUGCGAAAAUAGACCUGGUGUGAAGAAUAUCUUAAAUUAUAGAGAAUUCAAACAGAGACAUUUGAAUUGUUUUAAAAUGAUAAGAUUCAGCCGAAUCAAUGCUGUAAUGGAUUUGACUAGAUGUUACUUACUUUUGGUUGAGCAGUGCGAGUAUUUAAAUGUCACCUAUGGCAUUAGAAUUAUUGUGAACAACAUGUUCUUUAUACUUGACAUGGUGAUGAUGUUGAAUUUGAUAAUAAGACUGCUUAUGGGAACUGUGGUGCCAUCGAAUGAAUCAAAAAUGUUUCCUAUGAUAUCAACUGUUUUACGCAUCAUUAGUAGCUCUUUGAUUCUCAUAUUUGGUAUCUAUCGCUGCGAACAGAGCUAUAGACAAAAUGAGAGAAUUAAACGAUUAAUUGACCAUUUGGUACUAAUGAAGAUAAUACCAUAUGAAGUGCGUGAAACUUUGAUGGAAUUAAAACAGUUGAUUAUUACAAGACCAGUUAAAUAUCAUGCUAUGAACUUCUACCAAUUGGAAUACGCCACCGUAGUAUCUAUAUCUUCAGUUAUUGUUACAUACACUAUAAUACUGUUACAAAAUAUUCAA